AUGAUUCUUUUUAAAAAUGACAUAAAUCUUGAUUUUUUAAGGAUAUACUUAAUAAACACAAACAGCUGGAAUAGAUUCAAAAUCUUUCCAGUCUGUCUCAUCCACUCUGACUUUAUUCCUUCUCUCUCUCUCUCUCUCUCUCUCUCUCUCUCUCUCUUUCUUUCUCCCUCUCUAUCUCUUUCACUUUCUCUUUCUUUCCUUUCCCUUUUCUCUCUCACUUUCUCUCUCAUCUCUCUCUUUUCACUUCCCUCUCUCUCUCCUUUCCUUCCUCAGUCUUUCUCACUUUCCUUCUCUCCUCUCUCUCAUCCCUCUCUCUCUUUCACUUCCCUCUCUCUCUCUCUCUUUUCCCUCUCUCUCUCUCACUUUCCUUCUGUGGCUUUCUCUCUCUCUCAUCCCUCUCUCUCUUUCACUUCCCUCUAUUUCUCACUUUCCCUCACUCACUCUUUCUCACUUUCCUUCUUUCACUCUCUCUCAUCCCUCUCUCUCUCUCUCUCUCUCUCACUUUCCCUCUCUCUCUCUCACUUUCCCUCUCUCACUCUCUCCCACUUUUCUUCUCUCAAUUUCUCUCUCUCUCACACACCCUCUCUCUCUCUUUCACUUUCACAUUUCCUUUGGCCCAAAAUGACCAUUCAGCUUUGUGGGGACCUCUGGGUUAGCGCUUACCCUGCAUCUCUCCAUCAGCUCGUAAUGGCUCUUUUGUGGCCUUGA